CUGCAGAUAGAUGCAUCCACACAAAGCAGCACGUUUUCCCUUCAAAGCCCCUUGAGAGGCGGAAGAACCAGAGCUCAGCAUUUGGCUGACGUUCAAGUGCACACCCAGCAGCGCUUUGGGUCAGAAACAAGCCCACUCUGGCUGGAAGUGAAUGCAGGGGCUGGCGCGGGUCAGCGACUGCGGGCCGGGGGCUGGGCCGGCCACACACGCCGAGAGACACGGAGGCCCCGGAGCCCCGAGUUAGGAAAUGUGACCCCGGGAUCCCGAACGCCACCCCCACUCCUUCGCCUGCUCCACCUGCUCGCCUAGCGCUCAGCUGCCAACCUGGGCGAUGGCCAGCCCCGCGCCCUUAGUGGCUUCCAUUAGCCACCAAAUGGUGGCUCUGCAGACGCUGCAGCUACUGCAGCAGGAGUGGGGCUGGGGGGACGGACCUGGCACCCCCGGGAGCCCGCGCGGCCCGGACCACGUGCCAGGCGCCCCAGCUCGGCGCUCAGGUCAGAUGCGAGCCCGGCGCGGGCCUGGGCGCGAGGGGGCUGGGGGUCGGGGCGCCGGGGCGCCAGGCUACCCGGAGGCGGACGGGCUGCGGGGCGCAGAGGGGGGCGCCGAGCUGCUGCCCUUCCCCCGGGACCGCGGGCCCUGCACCUUGGCGCGGAUGGCCAUGCGCAGCGCGCUGGCCCGCGUGGUGGACUCGACCUCGGAGCUGGUCAGCGUGGAGCAGACUCUGCUAGGGCCUCUCCAGCAGGAGCGGUCCUUCCCGGUCCAUCUGAAGGAUAGCGUUGAAUUUAGAAACAUCUGCAGCCACUUGGCUCUGCAGAUCGAAGGACAGCAGUUUGACAGAGACUUGAAUGCUGCUCACCAGUGUUUGAAGACAAUAGUCAAGAAGUUGAUCCAGUCGCUGGCCAAUCUCCCUUCGGAUGCUCAUGUGGUCGCCUGUGCUUCCUUGAGACAGAUCUUACAGAAUCUCCCAGAUGUAUAAGUGUGUGGGACAUGGAGAUGAAGCCACGGCCGGCUCUGUUAAAAGAAUCUUCCAUGAUCGACAGAUGAUGAUUGAUUUUAUCCCCCCGAAGGAGACUUGAUAGCACAUGGCACAGUCUGGCCAACGGCACGUGUAGCCUUCAAAAGUAUAGCAUGCUAGCGAGCAUUUUUUAAAAGUUGUAGUUUACAUUUUUAAAGAAUGUUGACCUAUUGACUUUCUGAUUAAAAUUCCUUAUACUUUG